AUGGAUGCUGUGGAACUUGCCAGAAGGCUGCAAGAAGAGGCCACCUGUUCCAUCUGCCUCGACUACUUUAUUGAUCCUGUGAUGACAGCCUGUGGCCACAACUUCUGCAGAGAAUGCAUCCAGAUGAGCUGGGAGAAAGGGAAGGGCAAGAAAGGGAAGAAGAAGCAGAAGGGCUACUUCCCCUGCCCCGAGUGCAGGGAGAUGUCCCCUCAGAGGAACCUGAGGCCCAACCGCCUACUGAUAAAGGUGGCAGAGAUGGCCCGCCAGCACCCUGGGCUGCAGAAGCGAGACUUGUGCCAGAUACACCAAGAGCCACUCAAGCUGUUCUGCCGGGAUGACCAGAGCCCUAUUUGUGUGGUCUGCAGGGAGGCCCAGGAGCACCGGGUGCACAGCGUGCUGCCUGUGGACGAGGCUGCAAGGGAGUAUAAGGCAAAGUUGGAGGAAGACAUAAAGUAUCUUCGGGAGGAGAUAAUGAAGACGGAGACGCUGCAAGCCAAGGGGGAAGUGACCUUAACUGAAUGGCAGGAGAAAGUGAAGGAGCGCAGAGAGCGUAUCCUGGAGGAAUUCCAGAAGGUGGUCCUAUUCCUGGUGGAAGAGGAACGUCGGCUUCUCCAGGUCCUGAAGAAGGAGGAAGAGGAUACCUUAGGGAGGCUGCAGAAGAGCAAAACCUUCCUGGAUCGCCAAAGCAGCUCUCUGGACACGCUCCUGUUGCAGCUGGAGGAGCAGAGCCAGCAGGAGCCCCUCCAGAUGCUGCAGGAUGUGAAGGACACCUUGGCCAGGAAGGAGAGCCUCUGCGUGCAGUAUCCAGAGAUGGCCCUCCCCGUGGCCAUCAAGACCGUGUGCCGAGUUCCAGGGCAGAUAGAAGUGCUCAAAAGUUUCCAAGAGGACGUGGUGCCGGACCCCAGCUCUGCGUACCCCUAUCUCCUCCUGUAUGAGAGCCGCCAAAGGCGGUACCUGAGCCCACCACCAGAGGACAGCACCCCCUACAGCAAGGACCGGUUCGUGGCCUACCCCUGCGCUGUGGGACAGAAGAGCUUUUCCUCUGGAAGGCACUACUGGGAAGUGGGCAUGAAUCUUACCGGGGAUGCACUCUGGGCCUUAGGCGUGUGCAGGGACAACGUGAGCCGGAAGGACAGGGUGCCCAAAUCCCCGGAAAAUGGGUUCUGGGUAGUGCAGCUGUCCAAGGGGAAGAAGCACUUGUCCCUGUUAACCGACUCCACUCCCAUCACACUCACCGAGCCUCCCAGCCACAUGGGCAUCUUCCUGGACUUCCAGGCUGGGGAGGUGUCCUUCUAUAGUGUGAACGAUGGGUGUCACUUGCACAGCUUUUCCCAGGCUGCCUUCCCUGGGCCGCUGCUGCCGUUCUUCUGCUUGGGAACUCCAAAGUCGGGCCAGAUGGUCAUUUCUACAGUGACCAUGUGGGUGAAGGGAUAGAGGCUUGGAACCAGACACAGUCCCUGAGCGUGCCUCGGGUUCCCCGGAAGUCAGGGCACUUCACCACUGUGGCUACCUACCCAGGCUUUCUCUGGGAGUGCCGAGAGCCAAUACCUGUGCUGGCAGGACAAUUUCCCGAAAUACAACCACGAUUAAAAUGAUCAAAUUCUGAA